AUGGAUGAACUACCCACCCGCUGGGAGAUUGAACUCGAGUACUUGCAGUAUCUUGCACAGAUGGGAAAACUGCAAGAACAGACGUUUCUGAACUAUCUGGACUACCUGGAGUAUUGGCGAGAUCCAAAAUAUGCCCAAUUCUUGAUAUACCCGAAUUGUCUUCACAUACUGACACUGCUGAAGUCGCCGCAGUUUAGAGAACAGAUAUCCAGGCAGGACCUGACCGAGCUGUUGUUCAACGACAUGGUUAAUAGGUGGAAGGAGCCAAUCGACGAGAAGCCUCAAGAAGAUGACAAACAAGAACAAUCCGAACAAGAUCAAGCGCAAGGACAGGAGGAUGGAGUUAAGAAACCUGGACAGACAGAGCCAGCCACGGAAACUGUAUGA